UUAGAUGCGCAACCGCCUUAGCAACGCCUGCACCUGCUGCUGUUGCUGCUGCUGCUGUCCUUGUCCCCACGCCAUCGCCAUCGCCUCAGGGAGCAGCCCAUCGCCGCCCCCAACCCCACGGUAACCAUGUGCGACCGAAAAGCCGUGAUCAAAAAUGCGGAUAUGUCGGAGGAGAUGCAGCAGGACUCGGUGGAAUGUGCCACUCAGGCCCUGGAGAAAUACAAUAUAGAGAAGGACAUAGCGGCCCAUAUCAAGAAGGAGUUUGACAAGAAGUACAACCCCACCUGGCACUGCAUCGUGGGGAGGAACUUCGGUAGCUAUGUGACACACGAGACCAAACACUUCAUCUACUUCUACCUGGGCCAAGUUGCCAUUCUUCUGUUCAAAUCCGGUUAAAGCAUGGACUCUGAGAUCCACCGAUCCAUCCCAAAAAGGACUGCAGCCGAAAUUCCAAAUACCAGAGACUGAAAUCUUCAGCCUUGCCAAGGGAACACCUCGCCCUCCAAGCCUUUAUUGUGCUGUUGUUGUUAACGUACAGGGGUCUCCUGUGUACUAGUCUGUUCAUCGUGGCUAUAAAAUGAUUAGCAAAACAA